UCGACGGUUCAGCUCAGAUGAAAAGGAAUGUUGAAAACGUGCAUUGCCAAGUUGAAAUCGGAAAGAUCAAGAUCCGGAAAAAUAGACGCAAAAUACUGCUAUAUGAAUCCCCAUUGAGUGACAGUGACUAUCGGUGACAGCUCGUGGUCAUGUAGCUCAUGAUAUCUGAGUGUGCGGGAGGAUGAAUGACAUGAAUUCGUAAUUGUUUUCUCUUCUAUUUCCCUAUUCCCCGUGAUCAACAAAAAAUCAAAAUGGGUAUGGAAACAGAGUCCUCGGGUUCGGCUUCGUGCUUGCAAAAUCAGGUUGCACCACAACGUGAACGGGAUAAUUUGAAGGGUAGUCCAAAGCCGACCGAAAUGGACCACGAGCAGCACACACCAGUUGUAACCGUGGGCAUCGACGAAAUCCGCGCUGCGCAUGCACGCAUCAGGCCUCACGUUCACAGGACUCCUGUGCUACAGUGUUCGUCGCUGGGUGAGAUGGUUUUGCCGAACGCAGGGAUCGACAGUGAUGAGUCGCCUCCUACACCUACCGAGCUUGAUCUGUACUUCAAAUGCGAGAACUUGCAAAAGAUUGGAGCAUUUAAGAUCCGCGGAGCGCUGAACGCUAUAUCGCUGUCCAAGAAAAGUGUAAUGGUGACGCACAGCAGCGGCAACCACGCACAAGCGGUGGCUCUCGCGUGUCGCCUGCUGGGAAAAAAAGCUAUUGUGGUCAUGCCGAAGGACUCGCCGCAAGUCAAGGUAUAGUGACAGUUGUCAAUUCGUUUUAAUAUUUCUCUGAUUUCGUGAAAAAGUUUAAGUACUUUUUUUCGGCUUCACUGCUUGCAAUCUCAAUCUGGGUCCUCCCUGUGUAGGUAUCAGCGGUACGUGACAGCUACGGAGCGGAGGUGGUGUUCUGCGAGCCGAAUCAGCCCGCACGGGAGAGCACCUGCGCAGGGAUUUUGGCGAAGGAUCCCGACAACUCCGAGCUCAUCCACCCCUACGACGACGCGCGCGUGGUCUGCGGCCAGGGCACGCUCGCGGUCGAACUGAUCGAGCAAAUGACGGAGCCUGGUGUAGAAUCCACGAGCGCGCCAUCUAAAAAUGCACCUCAUUUGGAUGCUGUUGUGAUCGCCGUUGGCGGCGGCGGGCUGCUUGCCGGUUGUGCGACUGCUAUUCGCGCACUUUCGCCGACAACCAAAAUCAUCGCUGCGGAACCGGCAAAUGCAAAUGACUGCUACCGCAGCUUUCUGGCCAAGGCACGUGUUGACAAUGAUGGUCCCCCGAAGACGAUUGCCGAUUCGGUGAAGACAAAUUUGGGGGAAUUGAAUCUGCCGAUUAUAUUAUCCAUAGUAGACAGCGUUAUUCAAGUGUCCGAAGAGCAAAUCAAAAGAGCAAUGCGGCUAAUUCUCGAGCGCGCGAAAUUGGUGAUUGAACCAGGCGCCGCUGUCGCCGUCGCAGCCGCUCUGAGUCCCGAAUUCCGGCACGAAUUUCCAGAGUGCAAGCGCGUAGGGGUGGUCCUGUGUGGUGGGAACUUGGAUAUCGGAAAUUUGCCAAAUCUCAUUCUGUAGCGGAACUCACUUGAUUUCUCAUGUUUCGAAUUUGAAAGGACUCAUCGACUCACGAGAGUUCGCGAAUACAGAAGCAACGUCGUUCCAUUCAAUGAGUUUUCACGUCCAGGCGUGGUGCUUCUAUGAUCAUCACGUCGCAUAGAUGAGCUUGCUUAUGCUUUUGGAUUGGAGCUUUCGAAGAUCAUGUUUCAGCGCUGCUACUAGACCGAGG